AAAUGUAAUAAAAUAAACAAAAAAUAAUGAUAGUAUUGAUGUUAAAUUAUAAAUGACAUUUAUAUCACAUUUAUGGGUGAAAUGUCAUCACAACCAACGAGAUAUUAUUUCACCAGAAUAUUAUUAGGGAAAAAUUUUAUGACAGUACGAAUGAACACAAUUUUUAUUGUUAUUAUAUAUUUUUGACCCAAUGUUCAAUUAAUAUGGCAAAUGUAAAUAGUAAUGAAACAACAAGUUUUAAAGAUCCAACACCAUCAAGAGCUGAUAAUUAUUCACACGAAUCAAGAAAUUCAAUAUUAUCUGAUUUACAAAUAAGAAGUACUGAAGUUGGUAUUAUAACUGAAACACCAGAUUAUGAAAAUUUAAGUACAUCAGCAGUUUUACAUUAUUGUAAAUGUAAAAUAUUACGACCAUACUUGAGAUUGCUUGCUGUUAUGGGAUUGAGACCAACGAAUUCUGACUGUGAACAUUUUUCAUUUUAUUGUAUACUUGCCAAUAUUCAUACAUUUCAAGUAACAAUAUUCAUGUGUAUUGGAUAUGUUUUACAAUACAUGGCUUGUUUUAGAAGAGAUCGUGGAUUUUGUUACAAGAAAUUACCAGUUCAGUAUGAUUCAAUUGAAAAUAUUAAUCGAACACGUGUAUAUCAUCAAAUUUGUUAUGAAAAUUCAACAUUUAGUUUUUUAAUACCAAGUAUUCUUCAUCUUGUUGCAUACUUAUACACUGUUUAUUUAUUUCGUGUUAAAGAAAAUGAACAAUUACAAAAUUUAAUGGAACGAGCAUUUUUGCUAUCAUCCAAUUCAGUCAAUCGAGGUAAUCAAAAAAAACUUGUCAAAAUAUUAUGGCUAUUUAUUGGAUUGAGCGUUGUCUGGAUGACUGUUGCAUUGAUCACAGUUAAUGUCAUGAUGGCAAGAGGAAAUAUUCAAUUUCAAUGGCUUGAAAAUAGUCCUGAUAAAAUGAAAGAGUUCUUGAAGAUUCUUUUGAUAAUAUGUACACUGUGGCAUGACAUGGUACAAGGAACAAUAAUAACAAGUUAUUGUUUACAAGGACAAUUAUUAGUUGCACAUUUGAACUUCUUAAAAACAAAGCUGCUACAACAUACAAUACCACCACUUGAUUGGAUGAAAGAAAUAUCAGAAUUUCGUAAAUUAUUAAAGUAUUUUAAUCAUGAUUUGAGUCCAGCUGUUUGUAUUUAUACAAUAGUCAAUAUAUCAUGGGCAGCAUCUGGUACUGCUUGGCUACUGCACUAUGAUAUUAUUGAUUUAAAGAAAACAACAAUACAAUAUAUCAAUAUAAUUAAUGUUAUACUUUGGAUACUGAUUUCAGUUGUACCAUUUAUACAAGCAGCACGUUUAACAACAGCUUGUACGAUGAUUCAAAGUAUUGGUCAUGAAGUUAGAGUACGUCCUUUUGUUUAUCAAUGUGUACCAGGUGAAGAUUUAGAUACAAUAUUAUUGUACACGUCAUCAUUGAAGAUGUCUGCUAGAUUAUUCAGAAUACCUAUAACUGGAAGAUAUCUCUGGUUGUGCUUAACAUUUGGUACAAUUGUUAUACUUACACUUGGUCAAUGUCAUUUCUUUUCAUAAACUAACAUGUUUUAUAUUUAAAAAAAAAAAUAAUUGAACACAUAAAAAGCAGACUUUUUAUGUUAACGUUGUUUAUUAGAUCAAUAAUAUGAUUAAAUACAUUUGUUUAAUUUAUAAAGUAUAUUGAAAAAAAAGAUUAUCAUACAGAUACACACGAAAAACAAAGAUCGAAACUUGUAUAAUAUUGUAAAAGAUUAUUAUACAAGUACACUUGAAAAAAAGAUCAAAACUUGUAUAAUAUUGUAAAAGAUUAUCAUACAGAUACACACGAAAAACAAAGAUCAAAACUUCUAUAAUAUUGUAAAAGAUUAUCAUACAUAUACACACAAAAAAAAAGAUCAAAACUUGUAUAAUAUUAAAAAAGAUUAUCAUACAGAUACACUCGAAAAAAAGAUCAAAACUUGUAUAAUAUUGUAAUAAAGAAAAAUACUUAUACUGAAAAAAAAC